GCGGUGGAUGAAUUGUACAACAAUGGGCCUCAGGAUCUCGUCACGGUAUCUCGGUGCAUUAUCAUGCUGAAACAGGAGGUGAUGGCGGUGGAUGAAUGGUACAACAAUGGGCCUCAGGAUCUCGUCAUGGUAUCUCUGUGCAUUAUCAUGCUGAAACAUGAGGUGAUGGCGGUGGAUGAAUGGUACAACAAUGGGCCUCAGGAUCUCCUCACGGUAUCUCGGUGCAUUAUCACGCUGAAACAUGAGGUGAUGGCGGUGGAUGAAUGGUACACCAAUGGGCCUCAGGAUCUCGUCACGGUAUCUCGGUGCAUUAUCACGCUGAAACAUGAGGUGAUGGCGGUGGAUGAAUGGUACAACAAUGGGCCUCAGGAUCUCCUCACGGUAUCUCGGUGCAUUAUCACGCUGAAACAUGAGGUGAUGGCGGUGGAUGAAUGGUACACCAAUGGGCCUCAGGAUCUCGUCACGGUAUCUCUGUGCAUUAUCACGCUGAAACAUGAGGUGAUGGCGGUGGAUGAAUGGUACAACAAUGGGCCUCAGGAUCUCAUCACGGUAUCUCUGCAUUAUCACGCUGAAACAUGAGGUGAUGGCGGUGGAUGAAUGGUACAACAAUGGGCCUCAGGAUCUCGUCAUGGUAUCUCUGUGCAUUAUCAUGCUGAAACAUGAGGUGAUGGCGGUGGAUGAAUGGUACAACAAUGGGCCUCAGGAUCUCCUCACGGUAUCUCGGUGCAUUAUCACGCUGAAACAUGAGGUGAUGGCGGUGGAUGAAUGGUACACCAAUGGGCCUCAGGAUCUCGUCACGGUAUCUCUGUGCAUUAUCACGCUGAAACAUGAGGUGAUGGCGGUGGAUGAAUGGUACAACAAUGGGCCUCAGGAUCUCGUCACGGUAUCUCGGUGCAUUAUCAUGCUGAAACAUGAGGUGAUGGCGGUGGAUGAAUGGUACAACAAUUGGCCUCAGGAUCUCGUCACGGUAUCUCUGUGCAUUAUCACGCUGAAACAUGAGGUGAUGGCGGUGGAUGAAUGGUACAACAAUGGGCCUCAGGAUCUCGUCACGGUAUCUCGGUGCAUUAUCACGCUGAAACAUGAGGUGAUGGCGGCGGAUGAAUGGUACAACAAUGGGCCUCAGGAUCUCGUCACGGUAUCUCGGUGCAUUAUCACGCUGAAACAUGAGGUGAUGGCGGUGGAUGAAUGGUACAACAAUGGGCCUCAGGAUCUCGUCACGGUAUCUCUGUGCAUUAUCAUGCUGAAACAGGAGGUGAUGGCGGUGGAUGAAUUGUACAACAAUGGGCCUCAGGAUCUCGUCACGGUAUCUCGGUGCAUUAUCACGCUGAAACAGGAGGUGAUGGCGGUGGAUGAAUGGUACAACAAUGGGCCUCAGGAUCUCGUCACGGUAUCUCGGUGCAUUAUCACGCUGAAACAUGAGGUGAUGGCGGUGGAUGAAUGGUACAACAAUGGGCCUCAGGAUCUCGUCAUGGUAUCUCUGUGCAUUAUCAUGCUGAAACAUGAGGUGAUGGCGGUGGAUGAAUGGUACAACAAUGGGCCUCAGGAUCUCCUCACGGUAUCUCGGUGCAUUAUCACGCUGAAACAUGAGGUGAUGGCGGUGGAUGAAUGGUACACCAAUGGGCCUCAGGAUCUCGUCACGGUAUCUCUGUGCAUUAUCACGCUGAAACAUGAGGUGAUGGCGGUGGAUGAAUGGUACAACAAUGGGCCUCAGGAUCUCAUCACGGUAUCUCUGCAUUAUCAUGCUGAAACAUGAGGUGAUGGCGGCGGAUGAAUGGUACAACAAUGGGCCUCAGGAUCUCGUCACGGUAUCUUGGUGCAUUAUCACGCUGAAACAUGAGGUGAUGGCGGUGGAUGAAUGGUACAACAAUGAGCCUCAGGAUCUCGUCACGGUAUCUCGGUGCAUUAUCACGCUGAAACAUGAGGUGAUGGCGGUGGAUGAAUGGUACAACAAUGGGCCUCAGGAUCUCCUCACGGUAUCUCGGUGCAUUAUCACGCUGAAACAUGAGGUGAUGGCGGUGGAUGAAUGGUACAACAAUGGGCCUCAGGAUCUCCUCACGGUAUCUCGGUGCAUUAUCACGCUGAAACAUGAGGUGAUGGCGGUGGAUGAAUGGUACACCAAUGGGCCUCAGGAUCUCGUCACGGUAUCUCUGUGCAUUAUCACGCUGAAACAUGAGGUGAUGGCGGUGGAUGAAUGGUACAACAAUGGGCCUCAGGAUCUCAUCACGGUAUCUCUGCAUUAUCACGCUGAAACAUGAGGUGAUGGCGGUGGAUGAAUGGUACAACAAUGGGCCUCAGGAUCUCGUCAUGGUAUCUCUGUGCAUUAUCAUGCUGAAACAUGAGGUGAUGGCGGUGGAUGAAUGGUACAACAAUGGGCCUCAGGAUCUCCUCACGGUAUAUCGGUGCAUUAUCACGCUGAAACAUGAGGUGAUGGUGGUGGAUGAAUGGUACAACAAUGGGCCUCAGGAUCUCGUCACGGUAUCUCGGUGCAUUAUCAUGCUGAAGUGUGCGUUCUCUAAUUCUCUCCUUCUCUCUUUCUUUCUCUCUCUCGGAGGACCUGAGCCCUAGGACCAUGUCCCAGGACUACCUGACAUGAGGACUCCUUGCUGUCCCCAGUCCACCUGGCCAUGCUCCUGCUCCAGUUUCAACUGACCUGAGCCCUAGGACCGUGCCCCAGGACUACCUGACAUGAAGGCUCCUUGCUGUCCCCAGUCCACCUGACUGUGCUGCUGCUCCAGUUUAAACUGUUCUGCCUUAUUAUUAUUCAACCAUGCUGGUCAUUUAUGAACAUUUGAACAUCUUGGUCAUGUUCUGUUAUAAUCUCUACCCGGCACAGCCAGAAGAGGACUGGCCACCCCACAUAGCCCGGUUCCUCUCUAGGUUUCUUCCUAGGUUUUGGCCUUUCUAGGGAGUUUUUCCUAGCCACCGUGCUUUUACACCUGCAUUGUUUGCUGUUUGGGGUUUUAGGCUGGGUUUCUGUACAGCACUUUGAGAUAUCAGCUGAUGUACGAAGGGCUAUAUAAAUAAAUAAAUUUGAUUUGAUUUGAAACAUGAGGUGAUGGCGGUGGAUGAAUGGUACAACAAUGGGCCUCAUGAUCUCGUCACGGUAUCUCGGUGCAUUAUCACGCUGAAACAUGAGGUGAUGGCGGUGGAUGAAUGGUACAACAAUGGGCCUCAGGAUCUCGUCACGGUAUCUCGGUGCAUUAUCACGCUGAAACAUGAGGUGAUGGCGGUGGAUGAAUGGUACAACAAUGGGCCUCAGGAUCUCGUCACGGUAUCUCUGUGCAUUGUCAUGCUGAAACAGGAGGUGAUGGCGGUGGAUGAAUGGUACAACAAUGGGCCUCAGGAUCUCCUCACGGUAUCUCGGUGCAUUAUCACGCUGAAACAGGAGGUGAUGGCGGUGGUUGAAUGGUACAACAAUGGUCCUCAGGAUCUCGUCACGGUAUCUCGGUGCAUUAUCACGCUGAAACAUGAGGUGAUGGCGGUGGAUGAAUGGUACAACAAUUGGCCUCAGGAUCUCGUCACGGUAUCUCGGUGCAUUAUCAGGCUGAAACAUGAGGUGAUGGCGGUGGAUGAAUGGUACAACAAUGGGCCUCAGGAUCUCCUCACGGUAUCUCGGUGCAUUAUCACGCUGAAACAUGAGGUGAUGGCGGUGGAUGAAUGGUACAACAAUGGGCCUCAGGAUCUCGUCACGGUAUCUCGGUGCAUUAUCACGCUGAAACAUGAGGUGAUGGCGGUGGAUGAAUGGUACAACAAUGGGCCUCAGGAUCUCGUCACGGUAUCUCUGUGCAUUAUCAUGCUGAAACAUGAGGUGAUGGCGGUGGAUGAAUUGUACAACAAUGGGCCUCAUGAUCUCCUCACGGUAUCUCUGUGCAUUAUCACGCUGAAACAUGAGGUGAUGGCGGUGGAUGAAUGGUACAACAAUGGGCCUCAGGAUCUCGUCACGGUAUCUCGGUGCAUUAUCACGCUGAAACAUGAGGUGAUGGCGGUGGAUGAAUGGUACAACAAUGGGCCUCAGGAUCUCCUCACGGUAUCUCGGUGCAUUCAAAUUGCCAUUGAUAAAAUGCAAUUGUGUUUGUUGUCUUUAGCUUAUGCCUGCCCAUACCAUAACCCCCCACCCCCCCACCACCAACAUGGGCCAUUCUGUUCACAACGUUGACAUCAGCAAACUGCCCGCCCACACGACGCCUGCGGUUGUGAGGCAGAGGUACUGCCGAAUUCUCAAAAAGUGCGUUGGAGGCGGCUUGUGCUAGAGAAAUUAACAUUAAAUUCUCUUGCAACCGCUCUGGAGGAUAUUCUUGCAGUCAGCAUGCCAAUUGCACGCUCCCUCAAAACGAGACAUCUGUGGCACUGUUUAAUCAGCUUCAUGAUAUACCACACCUGUCAGGUGGAUAGAUUAUCUUGGAAAAGGAGAAAUGCUCACUAACAGAGAGGGAAACUAAUUUGUGCACAUUUGAAAUAAGCUUUUUGUGCGUAUGGAAAAUUUCUGGCAUCUUUUAUUUCAGCUCAUGAAACAUGGGACCAACACUUUACAUUUUUGUUCAGUGUUUAUUAUAUUCUACCUGCCCUGCUCAAGACAAUUCAUAGGAUGGAUAAUUCUUUGUCUUGCAUAGCUCGGUCACAAUGCUCUCUUCUGUAGCUCGGUCACAAUGCUCUCUUCUGUGGCUCGGUCACAAUGCUCUCUUCUGUAGCUCGGUCACAAUGCUCUCUUCUGUGGCUCGGUCACAAUGCUGUCUUCUGUAGCUCGGUCACAAUGCUGUCUUCUGUAGCUCGGUCAGUAAUGCUCUCUUCUGUGGCUCGGUCACAAUGCUCUCUUCUGUAGCUCGGUCACAAUGCUGUCUUCUGUAGCUCGGUCAGUAAUGCUCUCUUCUGUAGCUCUGUCACAAUGCUCUCUUCUGUAGCUCGGUCAGUAAUGCUCUUCUGUAGCUCGGUCAGUAAUGCUCUUCUGUAGCUCGGUCACAAUGCUCUCCUGUAGCUCGGUCACAAUGCUCUCCUGUAGCUCGGUCAGUAAUGCUCUCUUCUGUAGCUCGGUCACAAUGCUGUCUUCUGUAGCUCUGUCAGUAAUGCUCUCUUCUGUAGCUCUGUCACAAUGCUCUCUUCUGUAGCUCGGUCAGUAAUGCUCUUCUGUAGCUCGGUCACAAUGCUCUCUUCUGUAGCUCGGUCACAAUGCUCUCUUCUGUAGCUCGGUCACAAUGCUCUCUUCUGUAGCUCGGUCACAAUGCUCUCCUGUAGCUCGGUCACAAUGCUCUCUUCUGUGGCUCGGUCACAAUGCUCUCUUCUGUGGCUCUGUCAGUAAUGCUCUUCUGUAGCUCUGUCACAAUGCUCUCUUCUGUAGCUCUGUCACAAUGCUCUCUUCUGUAGCUCUGUCACAAUGCUCUCUUCUGUGGCUCUGUCAGUAAUGCUCUUCUGUAGCUCUGUCACAAUGCUCUCUUCUGUAGCUCUGUCAGUAAUGCUCUCUUCUGUGGCUCUGUCACAAUGCUCUCUUCUGUAGCUCGGUCACAAUGCUCUCUUCUGUAGCUCGGUCACAAUGCUCUCUUCUGUGGCUCGGUCACAAUGCUCUCUUCUGUGGCUCGGUCACAAUGCUCUCCUCUGUGGCUCUGUCAGUAAUGCUCUCUUCUGUGGCGCUGUCAGUAAUGCUCUGUCACAAUGCUCUCUUCUGUAGCUCGGUCACAAUGCUCUCUUCUGUAGCUCUGUCAGUAAUGCUCUCUUCUGUAGCUCGGUCACAAUGCUCUCUUCUGUGGCUUGGUCACAAUGCUCUCUUCUGUGGCUCGGUCACAAUGCUCUCUUCUGUAGCUCUGUCACAAUGCUCUCCUCUGUGGCUCUGUCAGUAAUGCUCUCUUCUGUGGCUCUGUCAGUAAUGCUCUGUCACAAUGCUCUCUUCUGUAGCUCUGUCACAAUGCUCUCUUCUGUAGCUCUGUCACAAUGCUCUCUUCUGUAGCUCUGUCACAAUGCUCUCUUCUGUAGCUCUGUCACAAUGCUCUCUUCUGUAGCUCUGUCAGUAAUGCUCUCUUCUGUAGCUCUGUCAGUAAUGCUCUCUUCUGUAGCUCUGUCACAAUUUUUAUUUUUUAUUUUACCUUUAUUUUACCUUUAUUUAACCAGGCAAGUCAGUUAAGAACAAAUUCUUAUUUUCAAUGACGGCCUAGGAACAGUGGGUUAACUGCCUGUUCAGGGGCAGAACGACAGAUUUGUUCCUUGUCAGCUCGGGGAUUCGAACUUGCAACCUUUCGGUUACUAGUCCAACGCUCUAACCACUAGGCUACCCUGCCGCCCCAAUGCUGUCUUCUGUAGCUCGGUCACAAUGCUGUCUUCUGUAGCUCGGUCAGUAAUGUUGAGAAUAGACAAUAGAAACACAAGUCCAAACACAAGCUGGGUUCUCAUACAGUUUGGGUCUUAUGCAGAAACUGUCAGCUGUCAUCAGCUUUGCACAGUCCUUUCUCUGCCUGAUAGCAGGGCGGGUUAGGCAGCAGAACUGACAUGGAGACUGCUCCAGGGCUCAGCCCAGAAAAGGCAGCCAGCCCUUCAUGGGGCACUGAGCCCAGGAAAACCCCAGGCCAUACCUCCAGGAGUAGGCCAGUACAUGGUACCACAGUGAAGAGACACAAACUGAGGGAGAGAAUGUUCUAGUGGGUUGAAGAAUCAAUCCUGAGACCUUUGGCAUCUUGUUUGCUAGUAUCUUAUUUCAAUCAAUUUCUACAAGACACAUUUGCUUGAAAGGUACUCUGCUGGCUAGGGGCCAUAUGUAUCCAGUAUCAGGGUGGGAUGGCUGAUCUAGGAUCAGGUCCCCCAAGUCUAUCUCAUCU